CCACUCCCUCGUCCCUGGUAACAAGACCUAUGGUGAGGAGAAGUAGUUGCUUGAGCUCCUUAUCCUACGCGAUCAGUAAAACUCCUUCCUGAGUUCAGCCUCCAAUGUCUUCUUGCGAUGUUUCCCACCUGCACGGUGUACGAUGAUCCAUCAGACGUGCUGCAAAUUUUCAGCUUUAGUUUCGCGUCUGGUAGCUCUUCCCCUCGAGCCGCAGGUGUUCUCCCUCUCAUGUACCGAGUUCUUGGCCAACGUCAAAGGAUCGCAUUGGGCGGCGGCACUCGCGUUGGAGCACCGAAAGAGGGGCGGUGGGGAUUUGCUGUCUCGACUCGAGACGGUCCAAGGUUCACACGAGAUGAGAUGGCGGCUUCCGGUAGGUCGAGCAUGCAGAGCCCAGAGCCGCGUCGGUGGUCCCCACAACCUACACCGUGCUCUGCCGCACGGUCCGGUCGGAAGACUCGGUGGUCGGGGAGGUCUUCCUGCUUCGUCUGAGACGGCCAUGACCGCGGAGGGAGGAAGGGCGGGGUUGGCGCCACCGUUAAUGAUGGUGGUCCUCCCGAGAUUUGAGGCGGCCUCCGUGACAACUCCCGACCACCCCCGCCGCUUAUUAUUUUACCACGAUAAAGCCACCACAUGCGUCGCCUGCCGGGCCUCCGCCAUGGCGGACGAAUCCCCCGGUUGUUUCGAGGUGAAUGACGAAAAGGCCACUGUGGCGAGUGAUCCGCACAUCAGACCGUGGAAAGCACUCGCGUUCCCGGCAGGGUAGGAACGUAAAUAAUGCACAACAAUCGGGGUGGUUGGCGAGUGAAUGAUUGGUCUGUAGCGAGAACACGAUCGCUAACCUAAUCUGAUGUCGACGUAGCUGACCUUGACUCGAUCGAGACAUAGAUGGAGGAGUUGGUGCACCAGAUACAAAGGCUUUUGGUGUAUGCUUUGCAGGAUAAGAGCUACAGAGAGCGAAACAUGAGGAGCUACGUACAAGCGGAAACGGCGGUGUCUCAUCACAGUAAGGAGGGGACACGGAGGAAGUAGAACAGGAAUCAGCAGCAGGAGGUGGUGGUGAUCACCCAAGGAAGGGAGAGACAGAAGGCGGUAGGGGUUUCGGGAGAUGGAAACAGAAAGGGGACUACAGACGUUGACAGGGUCGACGGUGUCUUACCAACACCCUAUCCUGGAUUCAUCUCCUUCCUUGCUUUGACAUACUCGAACGCUGAGUCAAUCCCUAAACCAGUUCCGAACCCGCACCCUUCCUCUUCCUCCUCCGAAACCACUCCGACAGCAGCCACUACUUAUACCCAAUUUUCCAAGGAAAGAAUGAGGAGAUGGAGGAGUUUGGCUUUCCCUCUCUCUACGGAGCAGUGACCUGACUGCGUGCUAGAAAGCAAGGAAGAAAGGAAAAGAGACGGCAGACAGACAGACGGCCGCCUCGCUUUCCUUCUUUUUCUUCUCUUUCUCUGCUAAUCAAUCAAACUCUUUUUUCGGCUUCGUUCAUCCUUCUCCUGUUCAAUCGUUCUUUCUUUCUUUCUUCCUGCUUUCUUCUGCUGGACUGUUUCAAUUCCCACGUCCAUCCAAGUUGUGUUGUAUCAGCAAAAUAAUUUGAGCGAGAAGGAAAUCUAUUGCACAGGAAAUGGAUCCGAUGACGGCAUCCACACAUGGCCACCAUCUCCCUCCCUUCCGCGCACGAGAUUUCCACCACCUCCACCAUUCGCCGCAAGUACCCCAACACUUCCAAACGCAGCAGCAGCAGCAGCCCAAGAUCGAAGAAGAGCACAGCAGCCUCCACCGCGGCAACAUGGAUGACAGCAGCAGCAACAACAACAAUAACUUUAUAGGUAGCAACAGUUCGAACAGCGCUGACGGAAAGGAGCAGGCGCCGAUGACAUCGCCCGGCAGCGGCGGUGCAGAGGGGGAGAUCAAUCGCAAGCCACGGGGCCGGCCGCCAGGCUCGAAGAACAAACCGAAGCCACCGAUCAUCAUCACCAGGAACAGCGCCAACGCGCUACUGUCCCACGUGAUGGAGAUCGCCGGCGGGUGCGACAUCUGCGAGAGCGUCGCCACCUUCGCGCGCCGGAGGCAGCGCGGCGUCUGCAUCCUUGGCGGCAGCGGCACCGUGAUCAACGUCACCCUUCGCCAAUCGGCCUCCCCCGGUGCCGUCGUCACCCUCCGUGGCCGGUUCGAGAUCCUCUCCAUCUCCGGAUCCUUCCUGCCGCCGCCGGCGCCACCGGCCGCCACAGGAAUGACCAUCUAUUUGUCGGGCGGGCAGGGACAGGUCGUCGGAGGGAGCGUGGUCGGGCCGCUGAUAGCAUUGGGCCCCAUCAUCAUAAUGGCAGCGUCGUUCGGCAGCGCCGCCUACGAGCGUCUCCCCCUCCCGGAGGAAGAGGGUCUACAAGCGCAGGGGCCACUUGGAUCACCAGAUUUUGUGGGGCAAUCGCCGCAGGCCCAGCAGCAGCUGCUGCCCGACCCCAACAACCCGCUCUUCCACAACCUGUCGCCGAGCUUACUCAACAACAUGCAGUCGCCUGCGGACGCUUACGGAUGGGGCGCCGGAGGAGUUCGUCCGCCAUAUUGAUUCGAUUAAAGUUUGCACUCGUUCACUAUCUUGCUUUCUUUUCUUCCCUUCUGUUCUUUCUCAGUUGGAUUGUCUUCAGAUGGGGUUUGUUCUCGUUACUUUGGCUUCUCUCGUUAGGUUGACUCAUCUUAGAAAUAGCUUGUACAAAUCCGGAGAUUCUUAGUGGCUGAACUUUGCGAACGAAACGCUUAAUUGAUGAAUAUGUCAUAUGGGGGAAGAAGAGAAUGGAAGAAUUAUGAGUCUGUUUCUUUUC